ACAAAUCCUGACUGCACCAUUUAACCCAUCCAUACCCCAGUGAGAUGCAAUGGUUGCAUCCAGCACUGCUAGCUCUCAGCUCCGCCAGGGCAUACUGCAAUGGAACCAGCUGGGCUCUGCGACUGCUCCCCACCACAGGGGCUGCCUGCUUGCAUAUGUCCCCCAAAAUAUGCCCAGCAGUGCCCUCAGCAGCAAGGCAGAGGCAUAGAAAGCUGCUCCCUCCCCAGCUGCCUCACUUCACUCCUCGCCGCUUGCACAUCUGGAUUGUUAAUAAAGCAGCUCAGGAAGGCAGCAAUCAUCCCUGUGACAGCUUUGUUUAAUGAAGUCGGCCUUCAUUAGGCAUUUCCGUUCCACUUGAAAAGCUCCUCUGUGAGGAUGCUCGAAUGCCCUGCGGCUGAGUUGGUGGGCAGGGAUUGGUGAUGCUGCAGGGACAGCAUCCCAAUGAGGAUCAAUGCUACCCCUGCAAGGGUACCACUAUUUCGUUGCCCUCAUGUCCCCACUUUGGGCACCAAUCCCAGAGAGCCAUGGGCACAGGGUCUGGCCCUGACCCUGUUUUAGGUCUUGCAGGCACUGGGGAAAGGGCAGGCUAGAGAGCAGGAUGCUUACAGGGAGCCAGCUGGAGUGGCCCUACAGAGAGGGUAAUUUAGCUAAUGCCUGCCAGUGUGCUCCUCGAGGAGAGAGCUCUAAAGUGCUCGGCAGUUAUCUGUCCAGAGGGAGCACUGUCAUCUAAUCAGUGCCAGGCUUGGCAAGCCACCAGCUGCAGCAAGUCAGGAGAGACCCAGGGCUCCACGCUUAGACAUGGGGAACACCCUCCUGCAGCCAGGAGCCCCUCCCCAUCACAGGAUACUCUGUGGGCUUCCUUCUCCCACUGUCACAGCACCCCACUUCUCUCACAUCCCAGCACCUUCCCUCAGCUCCCUCAUGGGCCAUUUCAACAUCCAUCCACAUCAUCAGAUCACAUCUUUUCUUCGCACCUCCUCCCCAUGUCCUGGCAAUGACUGCCACUGGCUUUGCCCCUUAUCAUGACAGUAUAGAUGGCUGAGAGCAAACAAAUAGUGAGCCGCAGCUGUGAGGCUUGUACCACCACCCAUAGCUUCUCAAGCUCAUUCAGGUUCUGCUCACAGGCACUCUGCCUCCCUCCCCAGCUCAGUCCUGCUCCUGCAUGCAGUGAUGGGCGACACAUUGCCCUUCCCCGCUGCAGCCUCACACAGCAGCCCAAUAGGCAGAUGGUUUUUAUCCCAUUUCAUGCUGAUUUUGGCAUCAGCCUCGCCUCCCGCACCAGCGCGGAUGCGAACUCUCCGCACAGCGCCUCAACACUAUUAUCUCCAUCAGCCAAACUUGCAAUCUCCUGAAAAAAGAUCUCUCGCUAUUUUGACAAGUUCUCUUUCCCACCACCUCCUGUCGACUGGCAGCGACGCCAGCUCUCACAGCCGCCUGUUUCACAGAGGGCUCAUCCCCCACACCUUAUCUCCCCUUCUUCUCCUGUGUCCUCAUGGAUACUGCUGGAUGCAGGACUGGGUGCCGGCAGCAGAGGUGUCUGCACAGAGUGUUGUUCUUGGGCUGUGGGCUCCAGAACAGACACAGAUGGUGAGCCCACACGCCGCGUCGCUGCAGGAGACAGUGACCUACACGCGGGCGUUAUGCGAGAUUUGGGGAGGGAGGAGGGGAGCUGACGAAAAAGCACACUCCCGCGGCAGCUCAGCUCUCACCUCCACCCCUGCAGCCCUCCCCCAGCAGCUGCCUCCAAUGCCAGUGCUCUCCCAGCCUGUUGCCGUCACUCCUGCUCUGAUAUGCUGGUUUUUGGAGAGGGGUGUUGGGACAGAGGGUGCUGGGGGUGCAAGAGCAUCCCACAUCCCACAUCCUGCAUUAUCCUGAAUCCUGUGUCCUGCAUCCCACAUCUUGCAUCCUGCAGCAUCCUGCAUAAUCCUUCAUAAUCCUGCAUCCCACAUCCUGCAUACUACAUUCUGCAUCUCAAGUCCCAUAAUCCUACAUCCUGCAUCCUGAAUAAUCCUGCAUUCCAUAUCCUGCAACAUCCUGCAGAAUCCUGCAGCAUUCUGCAGCCUGUAUUCCAUGUCUUGCUUCCAGCAUUCUGCAUCCCACAUCUUGCAUCCUGCAUCCUCAAUCCCACAUCCUGCAUUCCAAAUUCCACAUCCCACAUUACAAAUUCCACAUCCUGCAUCCACAAUCCUACAUCCUGCAUCUCUGAUCUGACAUUCUGCAUCCCACAUCAUUCAUCCUGCAUCCCACAUCCUGCAGCAUCCUGCAUUCUACAUCCCACAUCUUGCUUCCUGCAUCCUGCAUCCUACAUCCCAAAGCCCACAUACUGCAUCUCGCAUCCUCCAUUCUGCAUCCCACAUUCCACACCCUGCAUCCUGCACAAGUGAGAGAUUGCUGGAUGCUCUGUGCAGGCUCUGAGCCUUUCUGCAGAAGGGGCACCUGCUCAUGCUAUGGAAGGGACAAAAUCUACAUUGGGGUUUGACAGGUGCCUGCCAGGCAGUACUGGUACCCAGACAGUGGGCAGCAGGACUCCCAGAUCCUCCCACAACUUGAGCAGGGAAUGAGCUCCUCCUCACCUUGCUUUGCCAGGAAUCACUGCUUUCAUACAUGGCUCUGGUAGCACAGGGCUUCCCCAACAGAACCACUUAAUGCUCUCACAGCCUCUCAGCACAAUCCUCCACUACCUCCUCUUUCCCCAGUCCUCUGGGGCCAGCACUCAGCUGCAGAGAUGUUUUCCUCUGGCCCUAUUUAUGAUUCGCUUCCACAUUCUCCAUCCCCCUCCUCACCACGUGCACCUCAGAACAUUUCCAGUGCAUUCAGCAAAUAAUGAUAGAACUACUGAGGUUGGAAAAGACCACGAAGAUCAUCCAUCUGGUCCUCCCACCAACCCAUCCCCACCAAGCUCAUUAAUCAUGUCCGUCAGUGCCACAUCACCACAUUUCUUGGACACCUUCAGGGAUGGUGACUCCAGCACCUCCUCAGGGGAGCAAUCCAAAAGGAGAGCAUCCUCAGAAGGGAUUAAGUGCAGUGUGGCUCCCCAAAUCAGGGCAGAGCGAUGAGGCUCUGCAGGUGAUGGAGCAAGGCACAACAGGAGCUGACAGCACAGGCAGCAAACAGAUGAAUCCUGCCUGCAGCUCAGCUUUGCUCAUAUGCAGCCUCUGGGGAAGGAGCCAUGGGUGACAAGAGCUGCAGUCUCACCUCACUCCUGACUGGACAUCGAGGAAAUGAGAUAGAUUUUUAUGGAAGUAUGGUGGAUAACUGCAGCUGGUUCAGCAGCAGUGGGACCAGUGUCAGCUCCCACAGAGCUGGCACAUCAUGAGGAACUGCAGGACCACCAGCUCCAGGGCUGUCACCCAGUCCAGACAAUGGUCAGGGACCUCUGCAGGUCCACUGCCCUGCUCAAGCAGAGCUACCAAGAGCACUGCUUGGAGCUGCUUCUAGGAGGGAUCUGAGCACCCUAAAUUCAUGCCCCGGUAUAGUGGGCACUUUCAAAUAGUGAAGCAGAGCAUUCAGCCAGUGGUACCCAUAGCAGAAGGGUGUCAGGGGAUGAGUGACUGCUCUUACCACGCUGGUGAAGGGGAUGGAGAGGAUAUCCCACCUUCAGCAGGAGUGCUUGGGGGCUGUCCCCUCCUCAUCAGCCCAGCAACCACCCUUCUACCACACCACUCUUGCAUACCCCCAGCCCUGCAGUGUACACCCCUCCAGUCCUGGGCAACAGGAGAGCUGAAAACCUUUGUGCUGUAUUGUGCUGGGAGAACAGAAACCAUUGUGUCCCUGCCCCACAGGAUGUGCAGCAGGUAAUGGUUUAAAGUGGCAGCAGUCUGUGGCUGGAGCUCAAUGGGGAAGAUCCUAGGGUGGAAGCAGAGCCCUCUGCUCCUGCACCAGCGCAGCAGCCCCAGCGCUGUAGUCCUUGAGGUUGUCUCUAAGAAAAGCAGCUGAGCCUAGGGGCCAGAAGAUUUGCAGGGAAAGCUUUUAUUGGUAUCUCUCAGCCAAUGCCAGCCCAGUUUAGAAAAAAAAAAAGAAAAUGCUCCAUCUCUCGGAGAGCUGUUUAACACAGCUCAGGCAGCAAUUGGUACAGGGACAGCAAACCAGGCUGCAUCUGCUCAGCCCCAGUCAGAAGCUCCCUGCUUCCUCCGUGUGCGUGUGCGCGCGCUAGACACCGGCAUCCGCUCUCAGAAUCUCGCUGUCUCCUGCAGCCUCCGGCGCUCAGCGCACGGCUUUGGCUCCCCGGUUCCAGCCUCCCCGCUCCUUUCUCCGGCGGGAAGCGCGGGAUGCGCUGAGCACCCGCGGGGAGAGGAGGUGGUGGCCGGGAACGGCGGCGAUGGGCAUCGUAUGGGCAGCACUCUAGGGCUUGUGCUCUCCACAGGACACUGAGCCAUGGGGGUGCUGAUGUCAAGACGGCAGACGGUGGAGAAGGUGCAGAAGGUCAGCUUGGCUGUGUCAGCUUUCAAAGAUGGGCUGCGGGAGCAGCCAGUAUCACGGAGGCGGGCAGAAGCUGGGGGCACGCGCCGGGGGACACUGGAGCAGACAGUGCAAGAGGCAGAGGAGGAGGCAUCUGCAGGGCCCUCACAGCCAGAAGAGGUCAGCGCCAGCAAGGCUGCCUGGGAGCGGCUGCGGGAUGGCCGAGGUGUGGAGCCAGAGGAAUUUGAUCGAGCCAACAGGUUCACACCACCCGCCUUCAUUCGGCCCCAGCGAGAGCUGCACGAUGAUGAACCACUGGACAUCAGCCUGGAGCAGCGGGAGCAGGUCCUCAAUGAUGAGAUGUGUGAGAUCUGUGAAGUGUGGACAGCCGAGAGCCUCUUCCCCUGUCGCGUCUGCAGCCGGGUGUACCACGAUGGCUGCCUGCGCCGCAUGGGCUACCUGCAGAAUGACAGCGCUGUGGAGGUGACGGAGACUGCACAUACCGAGACAGGCUGGAGCUGCUACUACUGCGACAAUCUUAACCUCCUGCUGACAGAGGAGGAGAUGUACAGCUUGAUGGAGACCCUGCGGCAGUGCAAGAUCAUCCCAGAAACCUCCCUGACGCUGGACGACUUCCUGCACUACAAGCACCUGGUGCACAAGCAGCAGUUUGAGCGGCCCAUGGAGGAGACACAGGAGGAGCGGGCCACACUGCAGUUCUCUGCCCUGGAUCCUGACAAGAAGGGGCACAUUGAGUGGCCAGAUUUCCUCUCCCACGAGUCCAUCCAGCUGCUGCAGAAACUCCGGCCGCUGAACUCCCUGCUGCGGCUGCUGACGGUCAAGGAGCGGGAGCGGGCUCGUGCUGCCUUCCUGGCCCUUGACCAGGAUGGCAGUGGCUUCAUCGGGGAGAGCGAGUGCCACAAGGCCCAGCAUGCCUGGUUCCGCAAGCACCAGAAGGAGACACCAUCCUGCAGCGUCAGCAUCAGCCAUGUUGGGCCCAUGUCAGAGAGCAGCCCGGCCAGCAGCGGCAGCGGCAAGAGCCAGGAGAAGACGCUGCUGGCGUCGGAGCAGGAGGAGGCCAGGUCCAUCGACUGGCCCAGGUUCCUGCAGGAGAAUGUCGCCUACAUCCUGGCAGCCCGUCCCAACAGUGCCGCCAUCCACCUGCAGCCGCCGGCCUAGCUCCCGGCCUACCUGCCCCGGCGCCAUCUUGGUUGGCGAGGCCUCCCCUGUCGCCCUGCAGGGGAGCCCCGUUGCCACGGCGACCGGCCCCGCAUCCCAUUGGCUGAGGGAAGUACCGCCCCUUUUGCCCCACCUGCCAAUCCCACGCAGUUCUCCACCCUCUGCCAGUGGGGAGCCAGCAGCUGAUUGGCAGGCGGGAAAGCAGCUGCUCCCCCUUUCCCCUUGCCUCCGUGUUGGAUUUGAUGGUGACGCCCGAGCUGUGGGCCGCGCUGGGCUGCCACAACCAGAGCAGGUGCUGCCUUGGGUGCAGCGCUCUGAUUGGCUGGGGAAUGCCUCUGGUGCUGGAGGCCCUGCAGUGGGGAGGCCCUGGAGGCCAUGGGGCAGAGGAAGGCUCCUCUGCAGCAAGGCUGUCCCCAGCCCACAGCGCUGACAUCCCUGGGUCCCCCUCAGGGCAGCACUGCAGGCUGGCAGCCUCCCACAGCCCGGAACUGUGGCUAGAGGUCCUCCAGGAUCCUUCCUCCUGCCCCAAGGAUAAGGCCUCACAGGGUGGGGGUGAGGCAGCAGACCACGAGGCUCAACCCAGGGCCCCUUGCAGACCUUGCCCCAUGCACUCUGGAGUGGAGGUCUGGUUGCUCCCAUCUGGCGAGGCCUCACCACCACCUCCUCAGCCCGGGCGAUGAAGGCACCAUCCCGCUUGGCUCCCCCUCCCCAAAUCAGGGCGCUGCUCACCCCUUUAGGGCCUCCCUACCCCCUUUAGGCAUUCCCUUUCCCCUUCAGGAACUUCCUCCCUUGCAAGCUGUGAGACAAUCACAGAGAUUCAGGCCAUACGUGAGGCCGGGAGAUGAGCCAGUGCAACAUUUCAGGUGUUGGGCCUGAGGUGGGGCAUUGGCUGGCUGGAACAUGACUGGAGCGAGCAGGCAGCUGGGGAUAUAAGGUGUUGCAGCCUCCGCUCUGUACUGGGAAGUAUCCAUUAAACAGCUGUGUCCAACCAACCUCUGGCUGCUGAUUAUAUGAGGCACAUGCCACAGAUGCCAUACAGCACCCGCCUGUCUUGUCCCAGGGGGAUUUUGGGUGAACCCGCUGCUUCCUGCUGUGUUGAACAGCCUGCCCUGGGCUUGGGUCCUUGUCUCAUCAGGCAGGCUGUUCCUCGCAUCCCCAAAAGUCCUGCAGCGAUUAUGGGUGGAGAAGCUUGUGCCUGGGGACAUCUGCUCCUGUCCCUCUCUCCCAACUGCAAUCCCAGCCCUGCACAGGAGGAAAGCUCACACGUCAGUACAAAGCUGCUCCUUGUCCACAGAGGUGCUGGAGUCUGUGAGCAGGCAGACAAAGAACCCUGGGCAAUGGUGGAG